AUGAACGACUUUGACGAGUGCGGCCCGAGCGCAGCCAGCAUGUACCUGCCGGGCUGCGCCUACUACGUGGCCCCGUCGGACUUCGCCAGCAAGCCGUCGUUCCUUUCGCAGCCAUCCUCCUGCCAGAUGACUUUCCCCUACUCGUCCAACCUGGCGCCGCACGUCCAGCCGGUGCGGGAGGUGGCCUUUCGCGACUACGGCCUGGAGCGCGCCAAGUGGCAGUACCGCGGCGGCGGCGGUGGCGGCGCGGGGGGCGGCGGCGGGGGCGGCCCCGGCGGGGGUGGCGGCGGCUCCGGGGGCUACGCUCCCUACUACGCCGCGGCGGCCGCGGCGGCGGCGGCGGCGGCAGCGGCCGAGGAAGCGGCCAUGCAGCGGGAUCUGCUCCCGCCCGGCGGCCGGCGGCCAGACGUGCUCUUCAAGGCUCCCGAGCCGGUGUGUGGCGCUCCCGGGCCGCCGCACGGUCCCGCGGCUGCCGCCUCCAACUUCUACAGCGCGGUGGGUCGCAACGGCAUCCUGCCUCAGGGCUUUGAUCAGUUCUACGAGGCGGCGCCGGGACCCCCCUUUGCUGGCCCGCAGCCCCAGCCUGCGCCCGCGCCGCCGCAGCCCGAGGGCUCCGCUGACAAGGGCGACCCCAAGGCCGGGGCUGGUGGCGGCGGGGGCAGCCCCUGCGCCAAGGCGACUCCCGGCCCGGAGCCCAAGGGGGCGGCCGAAGGCGGCAGUGGCGAAGUCGAGGGCCCCCCGGGGGAGGCGGGGGCUGAGAAGAGCGGCGGCACAGUGGCCCCCCAGAGGUCCCGGAAAAAGCGCUGUCCCUAUACCAAGUACCAGAUCCGGGAACUGGAACGUGAGUUUUUCUUUAAUGUAUACAUAAACAAAGAGAAAAGACUCCAACUCUCUCGGAUGCUCAACCUCACUGACCGGCAAGUCAAAAUCUGGUUCCAGAAUCGCAGGAUGAAAGAAAAGAAACUGAACAGAGACCGUCUGCAGUAUUUCACUGGAAACCCCUUAUUUUGAGAGCUCCAGGAAGCGUCCCCUCCCCAGAGCCCCACUCACCCACCCUUCUUCCCAGCAGCCUGCCCUCCGCAGGCCCAAUGUCCUUGGGUUCAAUGACGCCUCUUCUCUGUGGAACUUCACGAUUCCUUCUCGCGGUCAACUCGGGACCUCCCAGCGACCACUGCAGCCUGAGGACGAGGCCGGGGACUUGGCCGAGCGGAUCCUAA